AUGCAUAUCGUGAAUAGAAGUAUUAAAUAUAGUGAACAAAUUGAAUAUGAGAAAAGAAUAAUUGAAUUAGCUCUUCUACGACGUCGACCACUUCUACCACAUCGACUACAUCCACCACAUCGACUACAUCGACUACAUCGACCACACCGUCUACGUCGACUACAUCGACUACAUCGACUACAACGACUACAUCGACCACAUCGUCUACAUCCACCACAUCAACCACAUCAACAACAACGUCUACGACCACCUCUUCAAGUAUUCUCAUGA